CAAAUUUAAUAACUAUAUAUAAAUAAUAAAUUAAUUAUUUUUAUUAAAAAAUAAUUAAAUUUAAUAAAGUUAUUUAAUAAAUUUUAUAUCGUUCGCACUUUGGGGUAAAGAAUUUGCGAAGCGGCUCCCUCCCUUCCCCUUGUUUUUCUGUUUGUCCCUUUCUCUUCUCCGGGGGCGGAGGAGGACGUUGCCAUGGCCGAGGAAGGUGAGCAGGAUCAGGGAGAGAGGAAGGGUUUGGAAGGGACGAGGGAGCUCUCCCUCCCCGCAAAUCGCCAUUGCCACAUCCGCAGCGCCUCUAGCGAUCAACAACUCAAGGAGAUCCUCGACGAGAUCAAAACAUCCAAAACCCCCGUGGUUAUCAACUAUGGCGCCUCAUGGUGCCGUGUUUGUAGCCAGAUCCUUCCUUCCUUCUGCGAGCUGAGCAAUAAAUUCAAAAAGCUUUCUUUCGUCUAUGCGGACAUUGACGAAUGCCCUGAAACAACUCAGCAUAUACGAUACACCCCGACUUUCCAAUUCUUUCGGGAUGGAGAAAAGGUCGAUGAGAUGUUUGGCGGCGGGGAGCAGAGGCUGCACGAUCGCUUAUGGUUGCAUUCGUAGUAAAAACUCGACUGUCAUUAUAUAUAAGGAAAUUCCUCUCAUGCAUCUGAUGCGCAACCAUCUUAUAGGUCUCCCAAUGAAAUUUUGUUUGGGUUUUCAUUACUUGGGUAAAUGGCACAUCAGUUGGUAAUUGCUUGUUUGCACCCAAGGUUGGUAUUGCUGCAGAUUACUAACUGAGGGUAUCUUUCUUGCGUUUUCCAUAUGGAUUGGCAUACCAUCAUGUAGCAAAUUGAGAAGCUAUUUUCUUGAAUCUUGUUGUCGAUUUUAGGUAAUUAUUUCAGCUCUUUGGUACUUUGAGGCA